AUGCUGCCGACUGAAGGAGCUGUGCAGCUACCCGCCCAGGAUGUUUCUUCACGACUAAUUGAAGCGUAUUUUGAGCACUGCGACUUCUUUUCUCCCAUACUCUACCGAGCUGAUGUCUUGCGCCUCCUCGAUACCCCGUUCGACAGUUUGGACGUUGUAAACAAGUACAAACUAUUCAUGGUCCUGGCUGUCGCUAUCCAGUUGGUAAAUCGGACCGACUCCUCCGUCCCUGCUACGAAAGCUGAUGCAUUCUCAUCCACGGCAAAUCAGAUUCUUCGUAGCAGUGCCGAUACUAUCCUCACUGGCGACUUACAACACUUGGAAGUCUUGCUUCUCAGCGUUCAGUACGCAUCGUUUUCGUCGGGCCCAGCCGGUAUCUGGCACAUCAUUGGUCAAGCAACGAGGCUCGCUAUCGAUCUAGGACUUCACGAAGAACCUCCAGCUCAUCUUGUUCAGGAUUCGCUUUCUUUGGACCGAAGGAAGCGACUAUUCUGGGCGAUUUACACCUACGAAAGAAAUUUGUGUGCCGUGCUUGGCCGCCCUGUGUCAGUGCCGGACGAGUCGAUUUCCGUGUCACUCCCGGUCGAUGUGGAUGACGAAUACAUCACCAAGGACGGUAUAUCGCCACAACCAAAUCCUUCGCGGAAAGCCUUAGCUUUACACCUCAUUCGCUAUCGACAACUUGAGUCUGAAAUCGUGCAGAUACUGCACCAAAGACAGCCUCUAGCUUCGAGAGAUUUCGAUCACCAACGCUGGCGUGAUGAUAUGCGUCGAAGGCUAUAUGACUGGCGAGCUAGUGUUCCUGUUCAACACUCCUCAAGCCAACUUGCGCCAAUGGAAAUCUUUGAUGGAAACCUAUACAACUCAUUGACCCAUUUGUUCUCACCUUCCCGCAACAUACCUACAGUUUCCAGCGAUGAUAUGGCCUUCCUCGCAGAUUGCGCGCAGAAGGCUAUCGAAGCUUAUCGCUCUAGUUUCCAGGGCGGAAAGCUACGGUUUUACUGGCGCACCGUCCACAAUCUGUUUCGCGCCGGCGUUACUCUCGUUUACUGCAUCAAGAAGUGCCCACAAAUUGGAUUUCCUGACAUUGAUUCUAUGCGCACAUCGACACACAUCUGUUCCUCGGUUUUAUGGGGCAUGGUCGAACGGUACCCUGCUGGAAAGCCUUGCCGGGAAAUAUUCGACAAGCUAAGCCAGGAAGUACAGCGACAAUAUUCUGAUCACGGUAUAUCCCUUCGAAACGAAAAUUUUGAGCUCCUUGAUCCGACCCUAUUCCCUUUCACUUUUGUGGCAGAACUAGGAGAUCCGCCCGGCUUGUUGCCGGACGAGUUCCUACACCAGAACACCAACACGCAGGCACCGUUCGUGUGGGGGAUAUGA